GUCACGUCAGCCAUUUUCAUUAAGGUUUGGGCGAGAACUGUUUUAGUAUUAGUAUAAGAUUUAGCAAUAUUAACAAUAAUAAAAUAUAAUUUUUGUUUUACUUUAUGUAGUGCGUGUUUUUGUUAUCAGGCAUGUAGAAGAAAGGUAUUGCUGCAGAAGAAUGGCUGCAUUUUCAAGUGGCCUACACGACAGAGAAAACAAUUUCAGAGAUCUUACCCUGUUCUCUUAUGAAAAUAUCUCCAUUCAAGGUACCAUCCUAGUAGCCUACUUUGAACCCUUUCCAACAAUUCAGUAUCUUUCUUAAGACUUGGAAUUGCACGGAAUGAUAUAUUACAUCCAAUGGAAAAUUAUGAUAACUCAGGAGAACACUUGGUUCAGAGGACUGUUAUUGUACAGAAGGAUGAAAAGGGCUAUGGUUUGACAGUAUCAGGUCAUAAUCCUGUAUUUGUUCAGUCGCUGAAAGAAGAUGGUGCAGCUGCAAGGGUUGGGGUCCAGGAAGGAGAUCGAAUAAUAAAAGUCAAUGGAACUUUGGUUACCCAGUCUAACCAUAGUGAGGUUGUAGAACUUAUAAGAUCUGGAACGUAUGUGUCCCUUACAUUACUUGGGAAACCAUAUGGCCAUAACAACAGGUUGUCUGGUGGUAGCCAUCCUAUCCAUCUCUCUGGGAGUAGUAUGGCAUAUCAUGGGUCAUCCAGUAAGCUGUCAUCACCAUCUGAGAGGAUUACUGGACCACAACCAGUUGAUGCUGAAAAACAACAUCAAUUAAAUAAAGAAAAAAUCCACACAAUAAAGAAAAUGUUAGACAAGGAAGUGCGGUACUUGGAGGACUUAAAAAGUGAAUAUUCAAAGAAUCCAUCGGAUAAACUUCGACAGGACAUGAGUAAAGCUACAAAACAGGUGAAAAUUCUGGAAGAGCAACUUCUUAGUUUCACCUCUGGGACUAGUUCAGAUUCUGUGCCUCGCUCUCCUAGAUCACCUCCCCCAGUCAGGAAUUCUGAAAAAGAAACCAGAUCAGCAAGUUUAAUUGUACAAUCCCCUUCUCAACAGUAUGGAAAAUCCAUUGUCCAUCAGACAUCUGCCCCUGCCCUGUCUAAAUUAGAACAAAGAGGUGUUACACCCCAAAAUUUUACAAAUAAUACUCUUAAAUUAGAGGCCUUAAUAUCACCAACUGGUUCUCAAGCUUCUCAAAUUAAAUCUCAUUUUGACAGUACCAUCCAAAAAUCAUUACCUUUGUCAACAUCUUUGGAAAAUAUUGCAAAGCCUGCCAGCCCAAAAGGAUCAUGGCAUGCUAUCCGGUUGUUUCCAACACAUUCCCGCCAGAGUUCCAGUCCUGAUUCUUUGCUUCAAUUCCACCAGCAGAAAGGAGAUCAUUUCAAAUCCUCACAUGGUCUUUCAAGAACACAGAGUGAACUGAGUCAUCAUCCAUUUGGUAGAAAGUCCAUCGUGUUAGAUCAUCUGCCGGAAUCAGUCAGAAAAAGACGGAGACAAACACAUGUGGCUCUUCGGGGUCAGUCUUUCAGUAAUACUGAGAGUUCAACAGAUAGUCCACAAGUAUCUCCACCAAGUACACCACCUCCUAUAGAUCUAACAUCAGAAAGUAUGGAUAUUCUGGAAAGUUGUGAAAUUGAGGAUGCAUGUCAAGAAGAGGAAUGUGUUUGUAGAGUUCUACCUUGUGAUACACCUGAAAAUUGCCUCACAACUUCAGCUGUUAUGCAAGAAGUAAAGUCUAACUUGCUUAACCGUCUGGAUGGCAUAUUACUGCCAGCUUUACCUCUGGAACUAAAGCCUGUGAAUACUUUAACCUCACCUAGUCAGCAGUAUGGUACACCUCCAGAACUUUCUCCUGGCCAAUGUAGUUUGCAUCCCUCCCAGUAUGUCAUUAUGUCAAUGGAGGAUGAAGAUUGGCCUUCUGAUUCGGAAGUGGGUCUUCUGGAAAACCAUGGUCCAUUUAAUGCAAUGUGGAAGCUGUUGAGGCAUCAGGCCCAUUUAGCUGUGUUCAUGUAUUAUCUCAUUAGCAACAGUGAGCCUGCAAGUCUAUUUUUCUACUUGAUAACUAAUAUUUAUCAAGAAGGAACAGUAAAAGAAAUGAAGAAAUGGGCUUAUGAGAUCCAUUCAAGUUUCUUAGUACCCGGUGCACCUUUAAAAGUCAAGAAUAUAGAUAAAAAUAUUCUAAAUGAUAUUAAUGAUGUCCUCCAAAACCAAUUGGAAAAGGAAGAUAACCUCAAGGGUAUUUUUAUAAAAGCUAGAAGAAAAGCGAAAGAAGAACUGAACGAACUACUUGCUGAGUUUAGAAUGAAAAGAACACUUGGUCUAGGGAAUUUUUUUGGACCAUCAGAUAGUCAGCUAGAGGAAGCCAUGCAAGAUAAAACCAAGGAAUUAAAGAUUAUUGAACAACUGUUAGUUCCAAUCUUAGAGAAUCUUUCAGAGGAUUUUGAGAAUGCUGAUGACAAAACAUCUGCUAUGGUUGCUGCUCUUGCCACUGUUCUCAAGCAGUUUGGAGUAAAGAAUCAGCAAGCUGUCAAUAUGAUUGAACGAUGUCCAAGUUUUGUUGCUAAGGAAAAGACAAGGUUGCGUUUUUUACAGAGAAAUAAAAAGCCUGUCUUUGUUCGAAACCAUCAUUUUCUGCCAGAACACUACUGCUGUGUAACGUUCUGCAAUCACUGCCAGUUAAUUAUUUGGGGGGUUGGAAACCAAGGAUACCAGUGCCAAAAUUGUGAAAUGAACAUCCAUAAAAUGUGUGUAAAAGUAGUAGAAGAGACAUGCAUAGGUACCCUUCGAAACAAGAAAGACAAAAGGAGAGAUCGAAUGUCUGGUAUAAUGGAAAACAUCAUUGGGAAAAGCCGAAAGCCAAGCCAACCUUCACCUGGUGCAAUUGAACGUGCCAGGAAGUCAAAUGAAGAAUCGGAAGCAGAUUUGUCUGGUGGUGGUGCUGAAAGCCAAGUUGAUGGAGGAGAGAAAGUCGUGAUUUCACUACAGCCUGACCUGAGUCGAGAUCAUGCUGAAGUUUUAAGCGAUGAUUUCCAGGUCUUUGACACGAACAGCACUUCAAAUACCAAAGAGCAGACAGAGGAUUCCGACUUCGUCAAGAAAGGCAGUUCUGUUGGCCGUUCAGAAAGCUUUCGUCAACAGAGAGAAAGUAGAGUACCUUUAAGGAAACGGAGUGAUCCAAAUAUUCCAAGAUCAAAAAGUGAUGCAGAAGUAGAUGAGAAGAAUGUUUCUGACCUCAACAAUUCGGGAAGCUCUUCUAACUCAAGCUUAUCUACAAGAAGUCUUGAUAGUCCAAGCAACUCUCUAGAAAUGGUACACAAAACUCCAGGAGGAACGCCUGCUGACUCAAUCCCAGGACUCGUUCCUUCCACUGGACCGUUACCCUCUUCAGGGUCUUCUUCCUCUUCUCAUGUUCAUCAGUAUGAUGAUUCAGACCUGGAAGCAGAAAAUGAUCCUCCAAGAUGGCAAGAAAAUGUGAAUAUUAAUGUGCUACGUCUAAUGAAGCCCAAAGAAAAGAAACGUCAAGAUGUGAUAAAUGAACUCUUCCAUACGGAACGCACCCAUGUCCGGAAUCUGAAAGUGCUAGAUAGGUUGUUUUUCAAGCCAAUCCAGCAGGAACAGCUUUUACCACCAGACCAAUUAUACCUUCUUUUUCCUAACUUGGAGGAGAUGCUGGAGAUCCACAGUAGGCUUAACAAUAAAAUGAAAGCCCGCAGGCGGGAACAACCAGUUGUUGGUGAUGUUGGAGAUAUCAUGCUGGAAAUGCUUGAUGGACCUUCAGGUAAGGAGAUCAAGAAUGCAGCAGCCAAGUUUUGUCGUAACCAAUCAAUUGCUCUGGAGUCACUAAAGAACAAACAGAAGAAGGAACAAAAGCUGGCACAGUUCUUAUCUGAUACUGAAGCAAAUCACCUCUGUAGAAGGUUACAGCUAAAAGACAUUAUUGCCGCAGGCUUUCAAAGACUAACAAAAUAUCCUCUUCUUUUAGAGAAUAUUGCAAAGUAUACACCACAAAAUUCUGAAGAACAUAGGAGGUUACUGCAGGCAGUACAGUGUAGCAAACAAAUCCUGGCACAUGUCAAUCAAGCUGUUAAAGAAUCAGAGAAUGAACACAGACUUGGCGAACUUCAAAAGAAAAUGGACAGAAGUGCCUUUGAGAAAGUGGAGGCACCUAUUGUUCAAGCCUAUCAUCAUCUUGAUCUAACAAAGCAUAAACUAAUCCAUGAGGGCCCAUUGACUUGGAGGUUACACAAACAGAAAACUAUUGAGAUGCAUGUAGUAUUACUGGAGGACAUUCUUGUGUUGCUUCAGAAGCAGGAUGAUAAGCUACUGCUGAAGUUCCACAACAACAAUCUGAUGUCGGGCCGAGAAGACACCAAAGUUACCCACAGCCCAAUACUUCGUGUACAAAACCUGUUCACGAGGAAUGUGGCCACAGAUAGCAAAGGAUUUUUCCUUGUUUCUACAUCUGAACAACAUGCCAUCUAUGAGUUUGUGGCCACAUCAGCUUCAGAAAGAAAAAUGUGGUUAAAGUAUAUCACAGAAGCCUCUGAAGCUCACAAACCCAGACAUGGCCAAUCAGCCAAAGCCCAGGAUUCCUCCUCAUUGUUGCCUGAAAGAACAGAAGAUAUUUCAGAAGAUUCUCUGGCAAAAAACAAAGUGAUGCCUGUAUCGUUAGACUCUUCACAUUCUGAAGUAAGCAAUGGUGUGGAAUCCACAGACACAGGAGAAACCAGUGAUAGCAGCUCGCAUAGUGUUCCUAACACUGAAAUAUCUAGUCCCAAUCCCCCAACAACAGAAAAUCAUCCAGAGAAGGAUACUUCGUCAGUCUCACCACAGAAAGAGGCUCCUUCACCUUGUAGUUCGGUUGAAGAUAGCCAAGAACAACAGAAUCUUGAAAGAGUAAAACUUUUUCAUGUACCAGUCAAACCCCAGCUGAUAGAACCAUCAGAGAUCAAAGUCAGCGAAAGUGUGGUUCUUCAAAUUGCAGAACCUGUACUUACUCCAAUAGAAAUGGUACGUCGCAGAGACCAACAAAUUACAGAAGCUUUGGCAGAAAAGCAAGACCUCAUCUCUCAGAUUUUUCAGAUUCCAAAGAAAGAGUUUGACCAUGUUGCUGAGAUGGCAAGUGAACUUGAGGGUCAAAAAGAUUUGAAAGAACUCGUUCUAGCAUCCAUUUACCAAGCUAAUCAACUUACUUCAGUAUUAAAUGAAGGCUUAAGAGUGUCUGAAGAUGACAUGAUUAGUACCUGCAGUGCAGAAGUUGUGGUGGAAGAAAGCAAUAGCAGUCAUUCAGAAACUCCAUCACCAGUUGUUGCAAGGAAGACAGGCUUGAUACUUAGCUUACCUUUAGCAAAAUUGAUAAAUAUAUCCAGCACUUUAAAUAGACACUUGACUCAACUGUUGUCAUAUGUCUCGGAGAGGGAAGAAGAAAGAUUGCGAAUGCAUGAUGAACUUCAUGCUUCAAGAGAGCAGCUUCAUUUUCUUCAUGAAAGUCAUCGCCUUUGUCACAGAUUGUGUCCUUCUCCUAGUAACUUAAAUGACAAUCAAUCUCGACCAAAUAGCUACAUAUCUAUAGCUUCAUCAAUAUCUGAAGGACCAAUAGACUUAGUAGAUGAAAGUGAAGAAACAACAGCCACAAUAACAGAUGAAAACUUCAAAGAGCCUGGAGAUGAGGAAAAUGAGUCAGAAGAAGAGCAUCUGGACUGUUAUCUUGGAGAUGAAGACGUUGGUGAAAUCAGGCAAGCUCAAGAUGAGAAAUAUGAAAGAACUGAGCAUGUUUUCUAUGAAAAGGAAAGAAAACAAGAAGAGGACAAAGACAAAACUAAUCAGCAAUUGAGUGACGAAAUGGGAGGUAAACAAGAACAUUUUGAAACUGAAGAAAAAACUGAGCUAGAAUUUUCUGUCAUAAAAUGUACAGAGGGAGAAUUGACCGAAAAAGAUGUAGAACAUGUGGAAAGCUCUGUCAGAAUAAUAAAAGAGCAUAAAAAAGAGUUAAGUGAACCCUCUGAAGAAGAACUUGGGCAUCAUGAGGAGAAAUUAGCAGAAAUCUCUGAGAAAGGAUUCUUAAAAUUGAAUCAAGAUGAAAGACAACCUGGAGAAGAAUUGAGUGAAGAUUGUGAAAAACAAACUCAAUAUGGUAAAGAGUGUAAAAUUGAACAUGAGUUAGAGAUUGGUAGUAAAGCAGUAACUGAGGAAGAUUUGAGCAAAAUAAAAGAAAUGGAAGCAUACAACUUGGAGGGAGAGGAAGAUAACCAAGAGCAAAGGUUAUGUGAAGAAGAUCAAGAAAAACAAUCUGAGAUUGAAAAACACUUGCAAGUAUUAAAUUCUGAAAAGAAUAAUGUAGUGAAAAGAGAUAACUCUAGUAUUCAGGAAGAUAUGGGAGAGUUUACAGAGGAUGAAGAAGAUGGAGACAAGAUGCAGCAAUAUCAGGAGGAGCAGGACAAUGAAACUAAUGGGUUUAGUACCCCUACAGAACAGUUUGUUGAUGCUCUAUCUGGAGAUGAAGAAAUUGAAGGUAGCAAUCCUGAGCAUCCAAUUACAGAUAUAGAUCAAGAAGAUAACAUAUUAAACCAAGAAAAUCAGAGCAAAGCGGGUGAUGAUAAAUGCUAUGAUAAGGAAGGAAAUUUGACACAAACAGGCUUAAUAUCCUGUACCACAGAAAACAGGCCCUUUGAUAACCACGUUACUGCCAAGUCAAAUGCCAACUGUGGUUUGGAUGAAGUGACAAAAGACUUUGGAUGAAUAAAAUCCAUUUAUGUAUUAAUAAGAGAAUAUUAUAUGGUAGAAAGGGGAUACCCAAACUAUCGUUUUUGUAUGAAACUCCUGAGGUAAUUUUCUAGUGUAGACUUUUUUUUGCACAUCUUUGAGAAAUGUGUAUUAUUUUCAUAGUGUAUCUUUUGGGGACUCCAGUGGGAAAGGGGAGUUGUAAACGCUAUGUAAAUGGACAUUUUUUUUAUGAUUCUGAAUAUUGCUUCUAAAACGCCAAAAUAACCCGUGUUUUAAAUUUGAUAACACAUGGAGUGUUGUUCUUUUCUGUUACUUUGAUUACCAACUUUUUUUAAUACAGAAAAAAAUUCAAUGUUUUUAUACUUUAGAAAUAAUUAUUAUAGAUAUUUUGUCCAAAACAUUCAAGGGCCAUGUACAUAACUUGUAAGAGAUUGUGAUGGAAAAUCUUUUUCUCUUUGAAAUGAUUUGUAAGACAUGUAUAAAAUUUUCUUUUUUCACUAAACAUGGGCAACCACCAUGGCCAGUCUUGACAACUUAGAGGGUGCAUCACUAAUUGUGAUUCUCAAAAUAAAUAAUUGUUUUUCGUUGUUUAUGUUUGAAAAGUAGUUUUGGGGUAUAAAUUAUUAGUUAUUAUUGGACUGUGUUAUUAAACAUGUUUUUGAAUGGAAAACAAUCUUUCAUUAUAGACAAGAUUACCUAUUUAGUUAAGUAGAAGAAAACUUAUGAAGGUGAGACUUAUUUCCUGUGAAGUAUUAGAUCGGUAGCUGUACAUGGUUCAAAUUACAAUGUUAUAAAUUCAAACUGGGAUCAUAAGUUGAAUCGUGCUGUAAAGUGGUAGCUUACAUGAUACAUGGAAAAUUUCUUUAUUUUUUCACUCUUAAAAUAUUUGAUAAAAUGAGUCUAAAUGCUUUGAAACAUUGACUUUACUGAGUGAUUAUGAGAUUUUGAAACUUCGGCAUUGAAACUAUGAUUUAUUUGAUCAGAUAUGGAAGUGCAUCCGAGAGGUUGUCAUACAGAAGAAACUUGACAAUAGUGGUUUCUUCCCGA